AUGGCACCUUCCUCCCUUGCCUGUGCUUUUGCAAUCCUUCUCCUUCUGACCAUCCACUUCUCCUUCACUGCUGAGGCUGCAACACCUCCUCCACAACAUGGAACCAUUGGAGGAGGAGGAGGUGGAGGUGGUGGUGGUGGCGGCAGUGGAGGGAGUCACGGCGGAUCAGGCUUUGGGUCUGGAAGAGGCGGUGGCUUUGGCUUUGGUUUUGGAGGUUCCACAGGUCGCGGUGGCAGUAGUGGUGGAGGUAGUGGUGGUGGUGGUGGUGGUGGUGGAAGUUCUGGCAAUGGUAGUGGGUCAGGUUCUGGCGGCGGCAGAGGUGGAGGUCGUGGUGGUGGAUUUGAAACUGUGGGUGGCAAUUGA